CUUUGUGUCAGCGUUUGUGUAAUAACGGUAGGUGGCCCUGAAUUCUAUAUACAGUGAGGACGUCGCUGUACAGCAGACAACAGCUAUACAUCGGGGCUAUAGACGAGUGACUGAUUGGUGAAUACUGACAAUGCCAGCAGGGUACGAUCUUCUCCAACACAGCAACCCUCGAAAAUCGGAUAUGACGUGGUGGUCGAGACACGAUCCCGUGAAACUUCCACAGGGAAGAACGGACCACUGGAGUAAAAUGAAAAUUAAGUGCACAACAUUCGAUAUAUCGGCAAAAAAUACGCCGUCGCUGAGAGACCCCUACCAAACUCUGGUACAGAAAAGAUGUAACGAUCCAAAUAAGUAUACAGGGCUGAUGAGACCGAAGUCAGCGCCUCCAAUGUUGUUGCGCUAUAACCAAGAUGGCACCGUAAAACCCUUAACUGACAGACCAUUUCAUCAACACAUAGUGACGGGACUUAACGGACAAUUACCGGGCUCGUAUGCUAUGAAAGUAAAACCAAGGCCAAGCACUGGCAUACGAAGGACUAGUUUUAACACAAGAGCCAAAGAAGGUUUUAAAUACUGGCCGAUGGAGAGACCCAAACCAACAAAAUUUGGUCGGUACGGCAUAGGGUCAAGAUGCACGGUCCUUGGUCUAGGCAAUGCUAGUCGGACGUAAUAAAGAAUAUAUCGUGUGACAUCCAAACAUUUACAACUAUUUUUUCACAAGCUGAUGAAGAUACGAACUCAAAUCCGGCCACAGAAUACAUGACAUGUUACGGAAAUAUCCGUAUAGAGCACUGGAAUAAAAAACAGGAACUCCAUAGAGGGCGCUCUCGCAGUUCUUAGAAUGUAAAUUCUUUUGCUUCGAUUGAAUUAGAUUGUAUGCCGUUUAUUUACAGUGCUUAUUGGACAAAACUCAGUUCCUGUUUUGCAAUUUUGUAUUAACAACUUGAAUAUCUUCCUACUUUAGUAAUUAUACUAAUUUAUGCUAGCCAUAGAAGGAAUUCUACUGCGCCGUAUGUUCCUAGUUCUAUAGCCGUCAGGAAACAUCUCCCAUAUACAACAGUAUUGAACUACAUGUACGCAGUCUAUUUGCGUGAGACACAUGUGCAGACAUAGAUUUGUGAACUUACUAAAUGUAUAUAUGCUAGUUAUUUGUAGUUUAUUCAUUAUAACAUAUCGGAUGGACUUCGUUUUUCUCCGAUUUCUUGUAGUAAAAUGCAACAAUAAAAAAGUAGUUAUCGUAGUACA